ACAGUAUUAAUUAGGCACUUUGCCCUAUCCCAUUUAUAUCAUGGUCCCUUUACUGGACAACACAGCAAGCUAGCUACAAUUCUCUGAUCUUAAUACCUUCUCUCUCUUUCUUUCUCUAUUGCCAUGACACCGGUGUAUCUGAAUCUACCACCCCUGCCUUUUCCCCUUGUGGAGCUAAAAGAGGAGCAACAUCUCCAGCUUUUUCUUUCACCCCAACAAGCUGCUUCUUCUCUGUCUGCUUCUACUUUCCUCAACAGUAAUACUGCUUCUCAUCAAGAUCAAACAGUAACUAAACCUGAAGAAUCAAAACCCCAUGAUCACAAGGGCAAUCAGUUUAUGACUCAUGAGGGAUCAAUUGAUCAACAAGCAAGCUCAUCAUCUUCACUUCAAUCUACGGUUGAUCAAAGCACAGCCAAUGGCCAUAAUUUAUCCUUUAGUAGAAAAGAGGAUGGCGAUUGUGAAAGUGCAAGUGAUAACGGAUCAUCAGUAAAAUGGAUGUCCUCCAAGGUGAGGCUAAUGAAGAAAAUGAUGAACUCCAAUUGCAGUGGAGCAGAUGAUAAACCACCGAAAUUUACACACAGGUUCCAAUAUCCGGUGCAUGAUAGCGAUGAAACCAUUUCUUUCAGCAAAGCCAAUAACACCGUUAGAGUCUGCUCCGACUGCAACACAACCACAACUCCUCUUUGGAGAAGUGGCCCUCGAGGCCCCAAGUCCCUUUGCAACGCUUGUGGGAUUCGGCAAAGGAAGGCAAGGCGAGCCAUGGAAGCAGCGGCGGCGGCGGCGGCGGCGGCUGCAAAUGGUGCAACUGCAGCAGCAGAUGCAUCAUCUAUGAAGAUUAAGGUACAGAUCCACAAGGAAAAGAAAUCGCGUACGAGCCAUGUUGCGCAAUGCAAGAAACAGUUCAAGCCUCCAUAUUAUUCCCCUCAAAGCCAAAAGAAGCUUUGCUUCAAGGAGUUUGCUUUGAGUUUGAGUAAGAACUCAGCUUUGCAGCGUGUGUUUCCUCAGGAUGUGGAAGAUGCCGCAAUCCUCCUGAUGGAGCUAUCUUGUGGCCUUGUUCACAGUUGAAUUCCCUUCACCCCCCAACACCACCCCCCACAAUAAGUUUUGUUGCUUUUAUGAAGGAACUAGUAAUAGUUGUUUUUGUGUGUGACCAAGGGAGAUAAAAGAAUGAUCCUAUAUGUGUAGCAAAACCCAAAGAAACAGAAAAAAAAAAAAAAGGGGUUUGCUUCAUUAUAGCCAGUUUAUCUAGAAAUGAUGAAAACAUUAAGAACAUUCUAAAA